UUUCCUUCCGUUUAUUAACACCCACUUACCUGCCAACUGAAAACACACACAUACAUAGACAGUUACUGUCAAUUGUCUUCUAUCUCAGUCUGCUCUCUCACCCUCAGCUUCAGCUGCCGCCCUUCCCUAAGCUGACUUCUGAUCAGCUCGUAGCUCCUUCCAUCUCUUGCUACCGAAGCGAUACCCGCCUCCAUUACUGGACGUACGCAAGCGCCAUCCACAACUUCAUUUACUUUUCCUUCUUAGUAUGUUAUACGUUGCUUAAAUACUUUCCGUGCAUUUGUACAGUCAGCAUAAAGCUAUAACUAGCUAAUUUUAUGUCAAUAAGUUCGUACUCGAUGUUGAACUGGCCAGCAGUGCCCGACCAGUACCAUGGGAUCGUCACGAGUUCACAGCCAGUUGUAGAAGCCCCUCCUCAGCUUCUUAUGUCCACCGCCUUCCCCUGUUACGGCAAUGUCGACAAGGCCACAGCCUUCUGUCCGUACUGUGGUCUUAACAAUAACUGGUGCAAUGAGGUGGUUGUGAAGGCUGAUCCAUUGUUUUUCAACAAGGGCUACUGUUAUAAUUAUAUUAAUGAUGAUAUGGUUGAGCUGGCCGAUGAUCACUGUGGCCUCUCUUACCCGAGAAUUGCAAUCACUAUAACACCCACGGCCACGGUGAUCUGCUCGGUCCAACAUCAGGCAGCUACUCUCAAGUUAAUUAUCAUCAUAUUCAGGUUCAGCAGCAGCAACUGUUAUCUGGACCUGGACGUCUCAGCCUUUAUGACAAUGAUACGGUCAAUGCCGAUCAGUUCUACCAUUGUCGAGUACCACCUGAUCAGCCUCCAAACCGCGAUAAGCCGUGCUGCUUUGAUCUUCCUGAUCUGUUGUUCCCCCAGGGUAAUAUGUACCCAGCAGUCCAACCUCCUGUGCUGCAUUCUAAUGGGGUAUCGUGUAAGCCAGUUACCAUUGUAGAGCCAGAUGUGGAGCGAAGCAAGCCUAGGCUGAGGAGGGUGUCGGCACAGAGCCUGGCAGCCCGGGAGAGGCAGAAAAGAAUAGCGGACAAGACGCACGAGCUAGGGAAGCUCAUUCCCGGUGGGACUAAGAUGAACACCGCUGGGAUGCUCCAGUCUGCUUUCAACUAUGUCAAAUUCCUGCAGUCUCAAGUCCACAUUCUCCAACUCUUGGCUUCUUUUGACCCCUGCCAGGUGCAGGAAAAUGAUCCUGUUGAGGAAGUGGACAAGGAGAAGCUAGGACGGCCGGCUAAUGUGCUCGGGGUGGUCGCCUCAGUUCAAGAGAAGCUGUAUAAGGAGGGUAGCUGCAUUAUUCCCCCAUCUCUAGCCGAAAGCCUUAUCCAUCACCAUCCCCGUCUGCAGAACCUCCUGCAGCUCCUCUAAAUCAUUUUGCAUUAUGGGCAUUCAUUUUUUUUUUGGGGUAUUAUUUCAGGUUUUUUAAUUUUCUUUUUCCUUCUUGUAUAGCUGUAUUAGACAGUCUCAGUUAAUCACUGUGGUUGUACGUACUUCUAGUCUUCUAGAGGGACUAAGCCGAUGGAAUGAUAAAUUGCCAAAUUAGGUCAUUAUAUUUGUACUUUUCCUCUUUGCGCCAAACAUUUGCCCCCCUUUUUCUGUUCUUUUUUUCGAUGUCUACCUUUAUAUCCAAAAGUCUAACGGAUACCGACUAAUCCAACUCGAGCCGGGUAAGCCUAUUAAAGGAUAUAGCCCUUACAACUAGGGAUUUUCUCUAAUACUAAAGAGAACGAACGCUGAAUCGUUUGAACCAAUACUUUUUUUUUUC